AUGGUACAUGAACAAACAGAGUCACGGACAACCUACGAGGAAAUUAAACACGAACAAAAACAGUCACGGACAACCUACGAGGAAAUUAAACACGAACAAAAACAGUCACGGACAACCUACGAGGAAAUUAAACAUGAACAAAAACAGUCACGGUCAACCUACGAGGAAAUUAAACAUGAACAAAAACAGUCACGGACAACCUACGAGGAAAUUAAACAUGAACAAAAACAGUCACAGACAACCUACGAGGAAGUUAAACAUGAACAAAAACAGUCACGGACAACCUACGAGGAAAUUAAACAUGAGCAAAAAGAGACAACCUACGAGGAAAUUAAACAUGAACAAAAACAGUCACGAACAACCUACGAGGAAAUUAAACACGAACAAAAACAGUCACGGACAACCUACGGGGAAAUUAAACAUGAGCAAAAACAGGCAACCUACGAGGAAAUUAAACAUGAACAAAAACAGUCACGAACAACCUACGAGGAAAUUAAACACGAACAAAACAGUCACGGACAACCUACGAAGGAAUUAAACAUGAACAAAAAUAAUUACCUACAACUUAUAGGGGAAAUUAAACAUCGCAAAUAUAAUCACUGA